CCCGCCACCCCCGCUCCUCACUGCGCAGGCGCGGCUCGCGAGCGUGGGUUGUCUCGGAGCUGCCGGGCUGCUGGCGCUCCAGAGUGCGGGGAUUUGCGGCCUGCGUUCGGCCCACUCCAGCCCAUCACUACCUGAGGCAGCCAGGCGCAGCGAGCCGAGCCUCCCGGCGUUCUGGGCACUGUGGCCAUGGAGAAUCAGGUGCUGACGCCGCAUGUCUACUGGGCUCAGCGACACCGCGAGCUGUAUCUGCGCGUGGAGCUGAGUGACGUGCAGAACCCUGCCAUCAGCAUCACUGAAAAUGUUCUGCAUUUCAAAGCUCAGGGACAUGGUGCCAAAGGAGACAAUGUCUAUGAAUUUCACCUGGAGUUCUUUGACCUUGUGAAGCCGGAGCCGGUUUACAGACUGACCCAGAGGCAGGUAAACAUCACAGUACAGAAGAAACUGAGUCAGUGGUGGGAGAGACUCACCAAGCAGGAGAAGCGCCCACUCUUCUUGGCACCUGACUUUGAUCGUUGGCUGGAUGAAUCUGAUGCUGAAAUGGAGCUCAGAGCCAAGGAAGAAGAACGCCUAAAUAAACUCAGACUGGAGAAUCAAGGCUCCCCUGAAACUCUUACAAGCUUAAAGAAAGGAUACCUGUUUAUGUAUAAUCUUGUGCAAUUCUUGGGAUUCUCCUGGGUCUUCGUCAACUUGACAGUGCGGUUCUUUAUUCUAGGAAAAGAGUCCUUUUAUGACACAUUCCACAGCGUGGCCGACAUGAUGUAUUUCUGCCAGAUGCUGGCACUUGUGGAAACUAUCAAUGCAGCAAUUGGAGUCACUACGUCACCAGUGAUACCUUGUCUUAUUCAGCUUCUUGGGAGAAAUUUUAUUUUGUUUAUCAUCUUCGGCACCAUGGAAGAAAUGCAAAACAAAGCUGUGGUUUUCUUUGUGUUUUAUUUGUGGAGUGCAGUUGAGAUUUUCAGGUACCCCUUCUACAUGCUUUGCUGCAUUGACAUGGAUUGGAAAGUGCUCACGUGGCUUCGUUACACCAUGUGGAUUCCCAUAUACCCGCUGGGAUGUUUGGCAGAAGCUGUUGCAGUGAUCCAGUCCAUUCCAAUAUUCAAUGAGACAGGAAGAUUCAGUUUUACGUUGCCAUAUCCAGUGAAAAUCAAAGUUAGAUUUUCCUUUUUUCUUCAGAUUUAUCUUAUAAUGUUAUUUUUAGGGUUAUACAUAAAUUUUCGUCACCUUUAUAAACAGCGCAGACGGCGCUACGGACAAAAAAAGAAAAAGACCCACUAGGAAAGAGAGAUUUAGAUGGCUUCUUGCCAGUUGAGCCUAAUCUGUGAUUCUUACAGUUUUACCUUCUUGUACCAAUGUAAAUGUAUUUUUUUCUUUUUUAAGUUAAACCAUUAAAUUCUCGGUGAGGCUAUCUUCCUUUUCCCCGUAACAUUCCCGAAUUUACUGUAUUAUCUUGGUGUAGUACUUGCAUGACAUGGAUUCCUGAUGUCUGAUGACAGGUUCAUUCUCGUGCAUUCAGUUAACAACAGCAAAAUGCUCAGCCCCCCAGCCUACUUCCUGCCCAGCCUCUUUCGUACAUGCCAGAGUUACUCUUUCAGUGCUCUGUCUUUACAUCGUACUGACCAUUCUUACAGUUGGCAUUUGUUCUUUUUAGCUAUUGCUUGUGAAAAAAGCAAGAUUAUGUUCCUCUGUAGAAGGCUGUUAAAAGUGACUCAGGUAGGACCUAAUAUAUUUCGUACCCAGGGGAUUACUUGUUGAGUAGGGUGGCACUGAUGUUUUGAAAAUGAAGUGGAUACAGUCAUUGAUAAAAUAUUUCUGAGUCAGAGUGGGGCUAAAGAACCUAUUUGGGGUAUCUUUUGGCAUAACAUCUCUUAUUUCAGUGUGGGCUUAGAAGAGACACAGGAUGAUAGGAGCAGACCCAGUCAGAACCUUGGAACACUAUGACCGCUUCAUUCCUAGCUGAAUCAGAACUAGUGUCAACACUAGAGACAGACAAAACAUAGUUUAGAAAGCAGUGAAACUCUAAGAGUUGCAAACCCAAAUGGCAGCAGGGGUCAGAAGGGAACACAAAUACGCAGGUCAAACUAGUAAUACUACAGCUGCUGGCAACGCAGCCUGUGACAGACUGGAAGCAUCAGAGGCGCCAAACCCACCUCCAAAUUCUUGCCUACGCUGUACACAAACCUAGAAAUGUGUCCGGCGUCCUUCUCUGCAUUGGCUGAGUCUGUUUAACUCAGGUUUUUGUCCGAGUGAGUGGUGGGACUGUGUAUUUUUGAAUAAACCUCAAAAACACUUGCUUUUAUUCUGCUGUUGUUAGACUGGCUUUUUUACCUGUCUGUAGUAGGAUGCUGAAAACAGAGUGGGAACUUUGAGUGGAUACUAGGCAAGGAUACAAGGAUUCUAGGCAAGAAACCCAACAAAAGUGGAACUGAAAAAAAAUCUAGACAUCUGGUUAGCCAUUGUAAAAAAAAAAGUUUCCUCUAAAACAUUCCAAGUAAAAUGUGUUAGAAUUAACACUCGUAUAAAAGAAUUUAAGGCAUAAGCUCUUUCUGUUCUGCCAUUUCCCCUGUUCCUGGGGGAAAGGAGACCCAUGAGUUAAUGCCGUUUCACUGAGCCCUAAAUGGAAACUUAGUUUGACCUAAAACAAUGGAUUAGGAUAGGCUGGCUGAUUUUCUAAAAAGUUCAUAACACUGAAGGAUGUUUUGAAUGUGUGUAACAUCUGUUAACACUUGUUUAUUUUGAUUUCUGAUGUUCUUUCAACUAUGUGUAUUGGGCAUAUCAGCUUUGCAGUAGACUAGGCUGCAUUGUCGUGGCAAAAUUCUGUAUUCCUAGUGAUUGUUACAAACCCCUUUAUUGCUGUCUGAGAAAGUGAAAGGUUGUGUAUUUCUAUUAAAACAUUUACAAUCAAAA